AACUUCCAAACGGAUAUAACUGAAAUUCUUGCCACCCACUCUUUCUCUUUUCCUCAAACACCUGCCAUUUCCAUUCUCCAUGGCUCAGUUAGCAAACUUAAAUGGAGUCUCUGAAACACUGCCAGUUCUACCAAGGCUUCCAAGCAUUCAAAAAACCCAAAAGCGUGUUGGCAUUAUUGGAUGUCUAGGCAAGAAAAAAGAUCAUGAUCUUCUGGAACAGCCACUACAAACUACAAGAAGGCUGGCAUUAGGCCUUGCCUCUAUUGCACUUGUUGGGGACUCCUCAAGUGGAGCCGCUCUUGCCGAAGGCAACAACGGGUUCUGGUUAGAUGGCCCUCUGCCAGUUCCUUCUGCUGAUAAUAAAAUUGCAAAUGAGAAGACGGGGACGCGGUCAUUUCUAAAGAAUCAUCUCUAUAUGGCAGACAUUGGAACCAAAGGGAGAAAGUAUAGGCUUAAGAAGUAUGCUUUUGAUCUCCUGGCUAUGGCAGAUUUGAUUGCACAAGAUACACUCAACUAUGUCCAAAAGUAUCUGCGACUUAAAUCCACAUUCAUGUACUUUGAUUUUGAUAAAGUUAUCACUGCAGCUCCAGUCACUGAGAAGCAACCUCUCACUGACCUCGCUAACAGAUUGUUCAACACCGUCGAAAAGCUUGAUGGUGCUGUGAAGCAAAGGAACCUGUCCGAGACUGAAACAUAUUAUCAAGACACAACAGUUAUUCUCCAAGAGGUCAUGGAUCGAAUGGCAUGAAUCACUCAAUCUGUUCAGUUGAUAAAAGCAAAUUUAGUCACUAAUGCACAUUUAUUUCCAUCAAUUUCUAAGUUCACACUCUGGUUA